AUGAAGCUAGUAUAUUGGCUUGUGAUCCAAAACUACAGUGCAAAGUCUGUUGGGUUCAUUGCAAUUCAAACCGCAUUCUUUGAACCAACCACUUUUUGCCAAAAGGCACUUGCCCUGGAUGGAAAUGAUAGACCUGGUUGUCGGAAUUGUGGGGGAAGUGGCGCUGUGCUUUGUGAUAUGUGUGGUGGUACAGGAAAAUGGAAAGCUCUUAACAGAAAACGGGCUAAGGACGUGUACGAGUUUACUGAAUGCCCAAACUGUUACGGACGCGGGAAGCUCGUGUGUCCGGUUUGUUUAGGGACUGGUGUACCGAACAACAAAGGUCUUCUCCGGAGACCUGAUGCACGACAGUUACUCGAUAAGAUGUACAAUGGCCGGCUUUUGCCAAAUUCAUAACAGAAUCGUUCUGCAUCAACGUGACCUCCCCACAAGAGAGUUGAUUUCCGGCAUUGUGACCGUUCGAUUUUCCUGUACAAUCAUUUUAGAAGAGUUAAAAAGCUAAAGAUGUAUGUGAACCAUAUAUAUAGCCUUCCUUCCGCUAUGUCGUAGCAGAGCUCCCAUUUGCACACUAUUUCCGCUUAAUGGAUGUCGAUUUUAUUACAUCUCAAUAUAUAUUUUCGGUUUUAACAGA